UCUGCAAGACGGCCCUGGGGUGACAGCAGCCCCAGGGAAGGUGGAGGAGCAGGGCGCCCUCUAGCGGCCGCAAAGGCUUGCGCGUCCUCGCCCCCGUGUCUGACGCUCCUUGCCUUUGCAGAGACGUGGAUGACUGACUGACCAUGGGGCCCCUGAGUCGAGAAGCCUGGGCCCAGCGCCUGGGGGCUUUCCGAGCCAGCCCAUCCGCCUUUCUGACAGGUGCCGAAGGUGAGGAUUUGGGUCGCGACCUGUUGAGUGACCUAAGGAGUGAAAAGCUAAGCGAGCAGACCAAGGUUUCCUUACUGACCCUGAGCUUGGAAUACUCUGACAAACUUUGGCCUGAUGCACCUGCCGCAGAGGCUGCUGCCACCUCCUUGUUGGACACGCUUGUCCUCCUGCCCUCAAGACCUUCAGCUCUCCGGAGGCUCCUGUUGUUGGCAGCCACCACAGCCCUGGUGUCAGGAGGUGCUCUUGGACGCACUUCGGGAGCUUCCUGCCGGCUCCUGCCCUUACUUCUUGGCUUAGCUUCCGGCCGAGACUUGGGACGAAGCUUUGGAACCGCCUCAGAACAGCGCCAUCUACAGGCCACAGCGUGUGAAUGCCUUCGAGAACUUGAGUGCUGUAAGCCUGGGCUGCUGGCCAGCGCCCUGGGGAUGCUGCGGAGCCUCCAAGGGCAAAUGGGUCCCAUCCAGCCAGUCAGCCUGCUUCUGGCCCUUGUUCUGCACAACACCUUAGUGGUACGGUCCAGGUCUGGGGCUGGCCUGCAAGGCCGGCUCGUGGCUGAGGACUCCUCCACUGGGAGUUGUCCCUGGGACUGGACGAUGGCUGAAGAAUGGGAUGUCCAUCUUAAGCCCCAGGCACCCAGCUGGCCCACAGCUGGAGGGGAGGAGCGUGGCUUUCCAGUUCUAGAGCCCAGCCCUGAGGACACCCGAGAGCUGAAGGCUGCAGUGGCCCAGCUUCUGGACACUUCCUAUCUGCUCACUCCCGUGUCUCAGGCUCAACUUCUGUGGCUGUUGGGCUGGGCCCUUCGGGGUCUUCGGGGACAGCCACCAGUGCUUUUCAAGCCACAGCUAGUUCGGCUGCUGGGCACAGCCCAGCUGACACUGUUACACUCAGUUCUCUCUCUGAAGGCGGCCUUCGGUGAGGCCCUGUUCACUGCUCAAGAUGAGGUUCUGCUGCUCCGCAGGCUCACCUUGGUAGCCCAGCACCCAGCCUUACCCUCGCCCACACACCUCUUUUACCUGCAUUGCAUCCUGAGCUUCCCUGAGAACUGUCCACUAGGUCCAGAAGGGGAAGAGGCUGCCCCAUUGCUGUUGGGGCCCCAGCUCUGCCGGGGCCUCAUGCCCAGUCUCCUUCAUGACCCAAUGGUCCUCCUGGCCCGCCUGCAUUUGCUGUUACUUUGUGCUGAUGAUGAGGAAGAGGAGAAAGGCCAGCUUCAGGGCCCACAGUGGUUCCUGCAGGAGCUGCUGGCUGGCCUACAGCAAAGGGCAGCCCUGGACGGUGGUCCCCGAGCCUUGGCCACUCUCUGUUUCCAGGCCUCAUACCUUGUUACCAGCUGCCUAACUAGACGACCCACAGUACAGACAUCUUUGAUCCAUGGACUGGCCCAGCUGUACCGAGCUCGGCCUUCCCUGGCUCCCCACUUUGUGGACCUCUUAGAUCAGGUAAACCCUGAGCUGAGAGAGCCCCUCAGGGAGAUGCUGCUCCAGGAGGUGGUAGCCAGGCCAGGCAAGAACGAAGCACUUUGCUGGCACCUGCAGAUGCUGGCGAAGGUGGCAGAGGGAGCCGCUCAGAGUGCCACCCUCACCUUUCUACAGGCUGCAGCUGUACACUGCACUGACUGGGGCCUACAGCAGGCCCUACUGCGAGCGUGUCGUGCUCUGCUUCGGACGGGCGGGGGGGAUGGCCUGGCAGACUUGCUGCAGAAACUGGCCAGACAACUGGAGAAUGCUGAUGGCCGGGACCAUGCCCGACUGUACUAUGUCCUCUUGUCCCAUCUGUCAAGUUCCAAGUUAGGGAUGGCGCUGGGCCCCUCACUGGCUGCACCUGCACUGGCCUCAUCAUUGAUGACUGAGAACCAGGGCUUUGCGUCAGCUCUGAUGGUGCAGGAGACCUCAGCUCCAAUUCAGUUGAGUGUGGGGCCUCAGAAGGCCAAGGGCCCACUCCCGGUGCUGCAUCUGCAGGUGCAGGCACUGGGUGCUCCUGUCUACUCUCUGGAGCUGCGCUUCCGUGUGGAGGGACAGCUCUACGAGCCUCUGGAGGCUGUCCGUAUUCCCUGCUUGCGUCCGGGACAACCUGCCCAUCCUCUGUACCUGCCCUUGCAGCCCCGAUGCCCAGCCCCUGCCCACCUACACGUCCGGGCCCUAUACAGCACACCGGCUGGCCUCACAUGCCAUGCCCACCUGCCAGCCCUGCCUGUGACCUUUGCUGACCUCUUCCUGCCUUUUCCUGAGCUCCCUAAGGGCUCUGAGUUGCCUUUCUUUGAUGAGUUGUGGAACUCCUGCCUGCCAAAGGGUGUAGAAAGUCGUGUGUGGUGUCCACUCGGGCCACAGGGCCUGGAGGCCUUGGUGUCCCAACACCUAGAGCCCUUUGUAGUCGUGGCUCAGCCCCCUACUACCUACCUCGUAGCUGUCCGCCUGCCCCCUGCCUCCAUGCUGCUGCUGCGCCUGGAGAAAGCUCAAGUGGAUGGUGUGCCUGUGGCUCUAAGAACUGAUGACUGGGCCGUGCUGCCCCUGGUAGGGGACUACCUCCGUGGGCUAGCAGCCCACUGAGUGAUGCCAAGUGGGACUGUGCUUGUGGCUGGUGCCUGUCAAAGGAGCAUAUUCUUGUAGCUCCUGCCCCAUAAAGUCCCACUCACUGACAA